CAGCAUGCAGCUGCCCUACACGUAGUCUGCACUGAAGCAGCAGUAGUGUACAGAGAGCAGACUCCUGCAGCUCUGGCCAGCAGCAGUAUUGGCUCUCUGCCCCUCUGUGAGGUCACUGCACAGCAUCGCCAUCGGUUACGCUGGUCGGAACUGGAGCGCCUCAGAAGCUCCCUGGGUCACUGAGCGGGGGGUUUCGCUGAGAGCCGUCGUCUGUUCUGUGUGUCCAGGUCCCCCCCCCACCCCCCACCCCCCCUCCGGCCCUCGGCACACCCGGUCCGAUGGCUCAAAAUGGAGGAGAUCUUGAACUGCCGCAGAGGCGCGUGGGAGGAGCCAAGGAGCUGCCCAAUGGGAAGUUUUCAGACAGUAUAAAAACAAACAGUGAAGACCCAGACCCUUUCCUGGAAAGACCGUACGCUGGAAUCUCCGAGGGAGCUUUUGGGGGAGGUGACGUUGGGGCCCCCGGUCCCCCGGGGCCCCGUGACGAGUGUGUGGCCCCCCUGUCCCCAGACGCCCCGUCGCCGGCGGAGCGGAGACGGCGCGACCGCGAGGAGCGGCUGGGGCUGCUCCUGUGGAAGAAGCCGCUGCUCACCCUGCGCUACUUCCUCCUGGAGCUGCUGCUCACCCUGAGGGCUGGACCUGCAGGUGAGGACUGGACCUGCAGGUUCUGCCACCAGAGGGCGAUGGCGCUGACCGUGCUGCUCGGGCUCGCCUGCUUCUCCUUCGUCUACUCUACGGAGGGAACUCACCAGAAGGGCCCCCACAUCGCGUCGGUCACUCUGGCCGCGUACGAGUGCGGCUCGGUGAACUUCCCGGAGCCCCCCUACCCCGACCAGAUCGUCUGCCCCCAGGAGGAAGGGGCGGAGGGCGCCGUCUCUCUCUGGACCAUCAUGUCCAAAGUUCGUCUGGAGGCCUGUAUGUGGGGGGCCGGCACCGCCAUCGGGGAGCUCCCGCCCUACUUCAUGGCCCGGGCCGCCCGGCUCUCGGGCGUCGAGCCCGACGACGAAGAGUACGAGGAGUUUGAGGAGAGGCUGGAGCAGGCAGAGAACGCCCAGGACUUUACCACCAGAGCAAAACUGGCUGUCCAAAAGAUGGUACAGAAAGUGGGAUUUUUUGGAAUUCUCACAUGUGCCUCGAUUCCAAACCCGCUGUUUGAUCUGGCUGGUAUAACAUGUGGCCAUUUUCUGGUGCCUUUUUGGACUUUUUUUGGGGCGACACUUAUUGGAAAAGCCGUUGUCAAAAUGCAUGUCCAGAAAUUGUUUGUUAUCAUAACGUUCAGCAAGCACAUAGUGGAGCAGAUGGUGUCCCUGAUUGGCGCCGUCCCCGUACUGGGGGCCUCUCUUCAGAAGCCCUUCAGGGAGUACCUGGAGGCUCAGAGGGCCAAGCUGCACCACCAGGCAGGCGAGGGAUUCCCCGCGGGGGAGAACUGGCUGUCCUGGGUGUUCGAGAAGGUGGUGAUCAUCAUGGUGUGUUAUUUCGUUUGUUCUAUCAUUAACUCCAUGGCACAGAGCUGUGCCAAGCGCCUCCAGCAGAAACAGUACUCUGAAGAGAAAACAAAGUGAUGCUAAGACUGAAUUCAUUUCCACUCCUCAUUUGAAAAGAAACAGAAGUGGGGGGGGGGGGGGGGAUUACUGCUUCCUUGUCCAUGUAUCAAUUAAUGCACAUGACAAAACUAGCACUGUUUAAAAUGUGGGCAUAUUUAUAUAUUUCUUUUUUUCCUUUGGUAGUACUGCUGGUUUUUGGUUGACAGUGUUUUGGGGCAUAAUUUAUUGCCGAAUGCCUUUGUGCGCUCGCCCAUUGUUUCGCUGUUUUUGAAAGGUACUCUAGUGGGUGUGUUGCGAAGAUUCUCAAGUGUAAUAAUAUAAAUACCGUCUCGGGCACUGAGCCGCUCGUCGGCGGCGGGCUGGGAGGCUUGUUGCUGGCGCUAAUACUUGUUGUUGCGAGCCGUUAUGCAACACGCUGCGGGCCCGGCUUCCACGGAAGGGAGCAGAAUUCUCGCUAAGUAGACUUGAUUUAUUUAAUGGAUUUAAUAGUGUGUCGUUGUGCUGAUCACUGAGGCUGCUUUUCGUUUCCGUGUGUGUACUGUAACAGUGAUGCGGGCAUACUUUCGGGGGCAGUUUUAGUGUUCUUUUCUCGUUUUAGCUGUAAUAUUCAGAUAAUUUGUGUGUUCCUGAAGAAUAGCAAUAUCAAAAGGGAUAGACGUGGUAGUAGUUUGAUUGUACAUCCUGUAAAUAAUCAUUUGGGGGGUUUGAAAAUAUAGAUUUAUGCUUCUGAAUGUAUGGGGACAACAAUAGAAAUGAAGGAAAAAUGAAUGACUACUGUAACUCAUUUGUACUCAUUUAUAACUGUACAUAAUGCUAUUGAUGUCAUUUUUAUUCAAUACGUUUAGACUGAACUUUUUGGUCAGACUUUAUAAACCACCAUGCAUCAUUCAGUAGCUUCCUUGUCUGGUUUUAUUGUGUUUUUGUGAAGGCCAGUAGAAAGCGAGGAAAUCAAAGCAGAAAUCCAAAUGUGAUGUUUAUAUUCUUCGCGCUCUCCUUUUAAGAUGGAGAAAGACUGAAUGGAUUAUUGUGCCGUCUAGUAUUUUGACCCCGAUUUCCAUUGAAUUUGAAGUGAAGAGAAGGCGUCCGUUGAUUUUCCCAUUGUUCUGAAGUUGGUGCAGAAAAAUGGUGGGUGUGGUGAUGUCACAAUGGAUGUCCUCUCUGCUUUUCGCCAGGUUAGCGCUGAAUUCAACCUGUCCAGUGCGAGUAUAGGCUAUCUCUGCCUGUACAUUUGGAGGCUGAAUAUACUUGCGCAGAACAUAUAUGUGUAUAUUCAUUUAGCUAAUGACCGUAAUCUCGGUCCAAACCUUAAGUGUAUGCAAGCCCGACGCUCUGCAUUUCCAUAACAGGAGGCAACUUACUGUACACAUUGUGAUGUCAUCUCUUUAAUCUCUCUCUCUCUCUGUCUCUCGUGCUUGUGGGAAACGUAUGCCUGCGAACCAAGAGGGGUUCCAAGAUUUUUAUGUUUUUUUUCUUCCCCCCCUCCUCCUCCUCUCUUCCUCAUAAUUGCUUGUGAAAUGUUUCCCGGCACCGCGCUCGCUGUGGUAUGCUGGGAGCUGGCCGCCGCCGCCGCCGCCGCUGCAGCCGGAGUGGCAGGGAUUUCUUUCAGGGCUCUAGGUUUCCUUUACCUCAGAUGAACCCAGUCGCUCCGCUCGCGGGAAGAGCCUUAGCGAAGGGGAAGGGGGUGGGGGCGGGGGGCGGGGGCGGGUGCGGGCGGGCGGGUGGUGAGUAUCAGAGAACGCUCUCCAUUAAUUCGAACUCCGGGUGGCAUGCGAAAGCUUUUCAGUUCUCUGGCAGCAGCCGUUUGUUUAGAGCGCGCAUUAACCGGCGAGGGCCAGGCGGCCUGGCUUAGAUGAAUAGGCUCCGGUAAGUGAAAGCCAACCGCCGCUUUUCCAACCCGCGCUUUGUGGGGUCUGAACCCGGCGCCCCUACACCUAGGCAUUGUCCCCCCCACUCUCCCAUUCUGUCAGAUAGCUUAUCAGACUGGUGUUGGCUGUUACAUUGCAUGGCGACAACAGUCUGUAGGCUGUCCGACAUUUUGGGCUUCUUCAUCUGACCCAGCAUCCUGUUCUUUUUUUUAUUUUUAUUGUAGUUUUUUCCCCCCCUUUUUUUUCUUCUUAUCGUGACGUCAGUUCCCAUUUUUAAGUGUUUAAGUGUUCCAACCCAGCGUAUGGUUCUCCUUUUCCUCGACAUGUAAAUCAAUUUAAUGGCUGACACUGUAAAACUGGCCAGCCAGAGUUUCUUUUUUUUUUUUCUUUUUUUUUUUGUUUGGUACUUUGAUCCAAUUUGUUUUCGGUUCCUGCGUCCGUGCGUGUGUGCAUGUACGUGCGAGUGCGCAUGUGGGCAUGUGUGUGUGUGUGUGCGUGCGUGUGAGCAUGUGUGUGUGUGUGCGUGCGUGCGUGUCAGCAUGUGUGUGUGUGUGGGGGGGUGCACGCAAGCAUCUAUACCGCUGAAAUACCUCCUCCUGCUUUUCCCAAUUGUGUCAUUACUGUGCUGAGAAAUGGGCUUAUCUUUUGGCGUAAGCUUGGCUUGGUCGGCUCGAAUUUCCUGAAUGGAGAAAGCGCACCUUAUUGCAACAUAUCUAUUGUGACACCGGGGCUGGUGUGUUACGCAGUAGCACACGUAGGCUAUUGUGCACUUCCCUAUUAUCUCAGAGUCCUUCCUUUACUGUUGCCCAAUAUCUGUUUGGGUUUUUCCGUUUUUUAUUUAAUUUAUUUGAGCUCAUUUUUAAAAAAAAAUUUAUUUAAGCUAUUUUUUGUUUGGGGGCUUCUGUCUGUAAUGGUAUUACUCUGGCCCUUCAGGAGGCCCUUUGUCCUGCUUUCUGAGGUCGUAAAACAGCCCAGCCGGGGUGAGUUACCUUUGGAGAAAUGACUUGGGGAGAAGGUAAUGUUUCUGGCAAGUCCUGAUGGGAAACUUUUUUUUUUUUUUUUUUCAAUUUAUAUUUGAAUUUAAGGAAAAGAAAACUUUGAAUAACUGUGGAAUGGCUGUUUUGCCUGCCAGUCUUGGGAGUGUGUUUUUCUUGGCCAUUUUGGGAUGUCCUGUUCCACAAGGAAGCUCCCUCCUACACUGUAUGAAAAUUGACUGUGUAAGCGUGUGUGCGUGUGUCACCGUGUGUGCAUGUGUUUUCCUUCUUGCUAAAAUAAAGAGUUACACUCCA